UGCAUGGGCCUACGUAAAAGCAAGCCCGUUAGGUUGAAGGAAGCUCACGUGGAUAGAGGACCUUAGUUCUAUAAAUGUUUUAGAUAACAGCUGGAAGCUGAGAUGGGGAUUGCUGUGACCCUACCAGAAGCUCUAAGCUGCUCUUUAUAGAUAUCUUAGCAAAGUCCUUGUCUCUUGAGUUUUAAGAUAUCUUGUUGAAAUAUUGAUUCUUGAAGUUAAAUUAGAACUAUCCUUUCCUGAAUUAACAACCAGCACCAUUUAUGGAGUAGAGGGCCCCAUGGCCAUUAUCUCCCCUUUAGUUAACAACCAAACCACCGGCUGCUGUUUUGUUCAUUUUUUUUUUAAACAGUGUUGGUGUGCUUCAGAGAGAGGAGGAGAAGAAAGGAGUGGCAUUCCUAAGCUUCAUUAUCAUCCUCUAUUCUGUGCUUGGGUACCAGUUUCAGGCAACCUUCCAAAAAGAGUAGACAACAUUGUGGGAAAGGACUGAUAGGCACAGGAUAAGGAAAAAUGAACGGAAUGGAAAAAUGAACAGACACAGAAAUGGCCGGCUGAAUACUAGCAUAUAUUGGAGCCUUUCCUGGGAAUCUGCCUUCUUAGCUUACCUCAUCAAAGAACAGGAGAGGGGUGGGUGCUGACUUCCUACAAGCUAGAAUUUAAUCUCACUCAUACGGAGACAGAGAAUGCUUCACCACAGCUACCCAAUUUUGGCACCCCCACCGCAGCCCCUGGCUCCUGCUGAAGAGGGGAGCGACCUAUGCACCUUUGUGUCAGCAGCAACAUCCCAUGUGAUGCGUGCUCUGCAGAAGCCAUGCAAGAGCCGACCUGCUAAGCGGAAAGUGAAUCUCCGGCGGUUCCUUCAAAACCAGAUAUGCAGAAGCUUUUCUGACAUUGAAGCUGCUACUCACAGCUUGGCUUCCUCCAUCCUUUCUCAAGAAGCUCUGGAACUGCCUACGGUAUCCCAGCAAAAGACCCCCAUGAAGACCCCCUCAUCCCAGCCAGUCCAGCCUCCUCCUGUCUCUUUUUCAGGCAUAGCAGAAGCUUUUGCAGCUCCAGAUCCAAGCCCUGAUUGGUGCCUCUCCCUCGAGUCUCUCAUGUCAGAGCCCGAUGAAUUUUUCGAACCCAUUGCCAAGGAGAACUUGCUUGGCCUGGAUGCAUUUGGUUCAAACCAGCUGGGAUAUGAUCCAUACCCUGAUUCACAGUCCUGUCUACUUUUGACAGCCGGUGGAAACCUUCUGGAGCCCACACCAGUCUAUUCUCCAAUGUCUCAUCUUUACUGCCAUUCUAAAGGCAAUGUCAGCUUCUGCCUAUGACAUCCACAUUCCCUUCUGAGAUGUGGACAUAGGAUGCUUUCUACAAAUAUCAUUGUUUGUCAAGGAGGAAGAGGAGGAGGAGAGGGAGGGAGGGAGGGAGGGAGGAAGGAAGGGGCAUUUUCAAAUAUACUCUCACUUUGGUGAAGGGAGAACAGCAACCUCUUUGCUGGAGAAUUUUGGGACAUGCUUUGGUGUUAAAUCUUUGCCAUGCUCGUCUUGUGUAGUGGGUAGAAGGAAAAGCCUUGGGGAAGAGGAGGAAAAAAACCACACCCCAAAAUAUGUUCAGUUGCAUACAAGGAAAACC